AGACCGGUUCUGGAGACAAAAGGGGCCGCAGCAGCCGGAGCGGGACGGGCCGGCGCGGGAGGGAGCGAAGCGGCGCGGGUGGUUAGCGACAUGCAGCUCCGAGGCUUCCUCCUCCUCGCCCUCCUCGCCCUGCUGGCGCUCACCUCCGCGGUGGCCAAAAAGAAAGACAAGGUCAAGAAGGGCGGCCCGGGCGGCGAGUGCACCGAGUGGACCUGGGGACCCUGCACCCCCAGCAGCAAGGACUGCGGCGUGGGCUUCCGCGAGGGUACCUGCGGGGCGCAAACACAGCGCAUCCGCUGCAGGCUGCCGUGCAGCUGGAAGAAAGAGUUCGGAGCCGACUGCAAGUACAAGUUUGAGAGUUGGGGGGCGUGUGAUGGCGGCACAGGCACCAAAGCCCGCCAAGGUACCCUCAAGAAGGCUCGGUACAACGCCCAGUGCCAGGAGACCAUCCGCGUGACCAAGCCCUGCACCCCCAAAACCAAAGCCAAGGCCAAAGGUCAGUGUGGGGAUUGGGGGGUUAAGACAGCACUUGAGAGCACAGUAGAUAAACCCGAAGCCUUGGGUCCCCACCAGUGAGCGGAGGACAUCUAUGCCCUCGGUACCGUGUCUGCAGGGACAUCUUGGAGCUGCAGGUACCAAGAGGGUAAGCCCUGAGAAGGUGUGCAAGACAUGGUGACCCCUGGAGCCCACCUCCCUUAGGGCUCAGACAGGCUGUCCCACCAUGGUUGGCUAGCACCCCUCUGGCCGGCAGGGGGAGCAUUUGGCUCUAACUGCCUUUCCUAACAUAGGGAACCCCUCAUAGCCCACCCCGAGUUCCAGUGGCCCCAGUCAGGGGACAAACAGGGCCUGCCAGGGAGAGUCUGGGCCACCUCUCCGGCCUGGAGGCGUCAUCAUGGCCGCCCAGUCCCACCUGCUUCCGGCUCCGUUAUCCAGAAACCACUAGGGGGCAGGAUUUUGCCAGUGUGUGCAGGGGGCUGGGUCUCCACCGAGACCCCCACCCUCUGCUAAUGCUGAGUUCCUUUAUUUUCUUGUUUUACAGCCAAGAAAGGGAAGGGAAAAGACUAGACCUGCUUCUCCUGGGGCCCGGCUGCGGCCUCCUGAGCUGUAACCCACCAGUGCCUUUUGUCUGCUUAUUAGCUUUAUCAAUCACGCCUGCUCUUCCCGUCCCUCCCCCCACAUAGCUCCCCAAGUGCCCAAAGUGGGGAGGGACCAGGGAUUCUGGGCAGCUUGAGCCCCCCUCCCAAGGGAGCUGACUCCCAACACCCCCUCUUGUUUUCCCCAUCAUGAACUAAGAAGACAAAUAAACCAAUUGUUUUCCCAAUAAAAUCUUUUUCUUUUUAAUAU